AUGUGGGAGGAGCAGCUGGAGACCAACUUAGCGACAGCGCUGGGAUCAGCUCGUGCGAGAAGGACGAGCAGUGGCAGCGGACGUUGGCGCUUAUCAGCGAGAUGCACAAGGAGAUGGUUGAGCCCCACGUCGUUAGCUACAGCCCUGUGUCCCUGCGAUCGUCGCGUCGUUGCGCAGAGACAACAGUUCAGGAUAGUCAGCUUCAAUGCUGGAGACAGCUUGCACUUGAAAGAUGGGCAGUGGCAGCUUAUCCUGUCGCUGCUGAGCGAGAUGUGGGAGUCCCAGCUUGAAUCCCGACGCCUUCAGUACUGCAGCGCAGGGGUUAGCGCCUGUGAGAAGAACGAGCAGUGGCAGCGGUCUUCGGCGCUGCUCAGCGAGACCUAG